AUGGGCUCAUCACAUCCUUUUUCGAUCAACGAAAAAGAUAUAGAAAAAAGGCCCUUUCUAAAUGCCGUGACAAAGGAAUUACUAAGGAAACACCCUCCUACAUAUUUUGUUUUAAGUAAUGCUGUUACUGAUCCCUCAAAGCUAGCAGGCUACGACAUUCCCUUGGGAACUACUGUUGAAUUUUUCACUCCACCAAUCGGGAAUGAUCAAAAAAUCUGGUCCGAUCCCGAAAAAUUCAACCCGGACCGAUUUCUUACUGGUGGCGAGGACGCGGAUAUUACUGGUGUGACCGGGGUGAAAAUGAUGCCGUUCAGCGUGGGGAGAAGAAUCUGUCCAGGAGCAAGCAUGGCAACAAUUCACCUGAAUCUGAAGAUAGCAAGGCUUGUUCAAGAAUUCGAAUGGAGUGCAUAUCUGGAGAAUAGCAAGGUAAAUUUGAGUGAAAAGUUGGAGUUCACUGUUGUGAUGAAGAAUCCUCUGAGGGCCAUGAUCAAGCCUAGAGUCUGAGUGCCAUUUCACAUAGCAUGGUGCAUUUUAAUUACAUUUAUACUAGACACAUGGUAUAAUUCUGAAACUAUUGUUCAAGUUUGUAAUUUCUUGAUGACCAUAUGAUGCAGAUCCAUGAUUGGGAUUA